CCGCCUUCUCUUCCCGCACCCACUACGAAGGCGAUGGGCAAAGACAAUCGUCCCGAGGACCCUUAAAGUGGGGAGUAAGAAAGGGAAGGGAGCGAGUUUUCUCAGCGUCCCCCGGAAACUGGGUUGGGGAAGGAGAAGGGGGAAGUAGAACGCCCGGCGCCGGCGCUUGCGCGGUUAGGCCUAGCUGUCGGGGCGGACGUGGGGGCGUAAGCGUGCGGGGCGGACCCUGCCCUGCUCUCGGGAGGCGGCAGGUUACAGUUUUUGUUUUGCCCUCGAACCCUCCGGCUCUGGGUCCCGGGAGCCCAGAAGGAGGAUCGGCUGCAGCCGCGGUCCCUGAGCGUCUGCGCCCUAGUUUGUCCCGGAGACCGAAAGGAAGGGCUGGGGGUGGACGGUGCUUGGGAAGCCGCUGUGAACAGGCGCGAGGCCAGGGCCAGAGCAUGGGGGCCGGAGUCGCCGGGCCGGGCCCUGCCCCUCACUGUGUUCUCUGCCGCUGGGCGGGCCUCGAAGCCUUGAACCGGGCCCCCGCCCACGGCCGCCCUGGGUUGGCAGCAGCAUGAGCCGCCCCGUCGUCUAGAGUUGCCUCCGCCUCCUCCAUCCCCAUCACUCCCCACUCCUGGUCCCCGCCCCCGCCCCCCCACUCCCCCCCGGCGUCCUGAGGUGAAUGGGAGCCCAGAGCUGAGUCCCGGCACCUGCCCCCCGCCAUGGCUCAGGAGAAGAUGGAGCUGGACCUGGAGCUGCCACCGGGUACUGACGGGGGCGGCUUGCGGAGGUCCAACAGCGCUCCGCUCAUCCAUGGGCUCAGUGAUAAUUCACAGAUAUUCCAGGCUGAUAUGUUAAGAACCAGAAGAAACAGUACUACAUUUUUAAACCGGCACAACCUGCUGCUACCAUCUUCCCCUCUUCGAAUACCUAGUAGCCGGAUUCAUCAGCUCAAACAGGAAGAAGGGAUGGACAUGCUAAACAGAGAAACUGUGCAUGAACGAGAAGUUCAAACUGCAAUGCAGAUAAGCCAGACAUGGGAAGAAAGUCUAACUUUGAAUGAUAACGAUGGAGAGAAGUCAUCAUCCCCAAGGCGUGUUGAUUUUAUUCCAGUUUCUCCUGCCCCUUCACCUACUAGGGGAAUUGGAAAGCAAUGCUAUUCGCCUUCAUUACAAACUUUUGUUGCCAGCAAUGGGAUGCCUCCUAGUCCUAUUCCCAGUCCGACUAGACGUUUUACCACCAGGAGGAGUCAGAGUCCUAUCAACUGUAUCAGACCGAGUGUGCUUGGACCCAUAAAGAGAAAAGGUGAAAUAGAAAAUGAAGAUCAACCAAAGCGAUUUUUUCAAGGUACCAGUAGUAAUCUGCUUUCACCUGAUGUGCCAUCGGCUCCUGAUACAUGUGAUUCGACUUCUGAAACACCAAUGAUUUGUAGCUUUUUUUGAACCACCUCCUAGCAGACCACCAGAUCCUGAUUAUUCGGUACGCCUCCUCCCAUCUCCAACUCAAUCGGGUUUGCUGGCAGCUGGGGGUGCAGGGGGGGAACAAUCUGGCCUUUCAUCGGCCCUUGCUUGUGAAACAUGAGAUGGCUCCACAUCUCCUCCAGGGACUCUGUUUUUUUUUCUUCCACCUCCGGUUCUCAGGGCUUCAUGUACAGAAAAGGAGAACUUCUCAAACCACCAUGGGGGAGGCACGGGUGGGUGGAUUGUAGCCUUUUGGUCUGCUUUUGGAAACCCAGCGUAUGAGAGAAUGCAAAGCUGAAUGUUUAUCCACAGAAUGGCUUAAGAAACCGUGAAAUGUAAUCUGGGGUAGAGCAGGAUAUUCUAGGGGAAAAUCCCUCAACCUUUCCUUAUAUCAGUUUCCUCCUCCAGAAAGAGAGAGCUGAAUAAUUGUACAAGUUUGCCUUAUAGUGAUUUUACAAAGAUGAGUAUCAUAAUUGUCAUAAAAUUCAGUUGAAUUCAACACUUACUAAAUGUCAGCUAUGUGCAGAGCCCUGUGCUACACUGGGGAUACAAGGAUGGUUCCUGCCACUAAGGAGCUUGCUGAUCUCAUGUAUACACUCUGACACAAGCUAUGUGAAUAAAUGCCAUUUU